AUGAGCACCGACGCAGAGAUGGAGGUUUUCGGGGCGGCCGCGCCGUACCUGCGCAAGUCGGAGAAGGAGCGGCUGGAGGCGCAGAGCCGGCCCUUCGACGCCAGGACGGCCUGCUACGUCGCCGACGGCAACGAGCUCUACGCGAAGGCGGCCGUCCAGAGCAGGGAGGAGGGCAAAGCCACCGUUGUGACGCACGAUGACAGGACCGUCACUGUCAAAGAGGAGCAGGUGUUUCCCAUGAACCCUCCCAAAUUCGACAAAAUCGAGGACAUGGCCAUGAUGACCCACCUCAACGAGCCUUCCGUGCUGUACAACCUCAAAGAGCGUUACGCGGCCUGGAUGAUCUACACCUACUCCGGGCUGUUCUGCGUCACUGUGAACCCCUACAAGUGGCUCCCGGUGUACAACCCAGAAGUGGUGUCGGCCUACAGAGGCAAGAAGCGAAUGGAGGUUCCACCGCACAUCUUUGCAUUGUCCGAUAAUGCCUAUCAGUCCAUGCUCACUGAUCGCGAAAACCAGUCUAUCUUGAUCACUGGAGAAUCUGGUGCAGGAAAGACCGUGAACACGAAACGCGUCAUCCAGUACUUCGCGACAAUCGCGGUGUCUGGGGACAAGAAGAAAGAGGCAGCCAACAAAAUGAAGGGAACCCUGGAGGAUCAAAUCAUUCAGGCCAACCCCCUGCUGGAGGCUUUCGGUAAUGCCAAAACCGUGAGGAACGACAACUCAUCCCGCUUUGGUAAAUUCAUCAGAAUUCACUUUGGCACGACUGGUAAACUUGCUUCUGCAGAUAUAGAAACCUAUCUGCUGGAAAAGUCCAGAGUUACUUUCCAGCUGUCUGCUGAGAGAAGCUACCAUAUAUUUUACCAGCUGACUUGCAACAAGAAGCCAGAGCUCAUAGACAUGCUCCUCAUCACCACCAACCCGUACGACUUCGCCUUCGUCAGCCGAGGGGAGAUUGCAGUGAAGAGCAUUGACGAUGCCGAGGAGCUGGUUGCAACGGACGAGGCCAUAGACAUCCUGGGCUUCACCGCAGAUGAGAAAGUGAGCAUCUACAAGCUGACCGGCGCAGUGAUGCAUCAUGGGAACAUGAAGUUCAAGCAGAAGCAGCGGGAGGAGCAGGCAGAGCCCGACGGCACCGAGGAGGCGGACAAAGCUGCUUACCUCAUGGGCCUGAACUCGGCCGAUCUGCUCAAGAACCUGUGCUGCCCCAGAGUGAAGGUGGGGAACGAGUACGUGACCAAGGGCCAGACCGUGCAGCAGGUUUAUAACUCCAUAGGCGCGCUGGCCAAGUCGGUCUACGAGAAGAUGUUCCUGUGGAUGGUCAUUCGGAUCAACCAGCAGCUAGACACCAAACAGCCGAGACAACACUUCAUUGGCGUGCUGGACAUUGCUGGCUUUGAGAUCUUUGAUUUCAACACACUGGAGCAGCUGUGCAUUAACUUCACCAAUGAGAAACUGCAACAGUUUUUCAACCACCACAUGUUUGUGCUGGAACAAGAGGAGUACAAGAAGGAAGGAAUUGACUGGGAGUUCAUCGACUUCGGCAUGGACCUCGCUGCCUGCAUUGAGCUUAUUGAGAAGCCAAUGGGCAUCUUCUCCAUCCUUGAAGAGGAGUGCAUGUUUCCAAAGUCCACAGACACUUCCUUCAAGAACAAGCUUUACGACCAACACCUCGGCAAGAACAGCUACUUCCUGAAGCCCAAGCCCAUCAAAGGGAAGCCGGAGGCCCACUUCUCCCUGGUGCACUACGCCGGCACGGUGGACUACAACCUUGGCGGCUGGCUGGAGAAGAACAAGGACCCGCUCAACGAGUCCGUGGUGCAGCUCUUCCAGAAAUCGCCUCUGAAAGUUCUGGCUGCGCUCUACGCUGGCUUCUCUGCAGCCGACGAUGCAGCAGGUGGUGCCAAGAAAGGUGGAAAAAAGAAAGGAUCCUCUUUUCAGACAGUGUCUGCUUUGUUCCGGGAAAAUCUGAACAAACUGAUGUCCAAUCUGAGGACAACUCAUCCACACUUUGUGCGGUGCUUGAUUCCUAAUGAAACCAAAACUCCAGGUGUCAUGGACAAUCAGCUGGUCAUCCAUCAGCUGCGCUGUAACGGUGUGCUGGAGGGGAUCAGGAUCUGCAGGAAGGGCUUCCCCAGCAGGAUCGCCUAUGGUGACUUCAAGCAGAGGUACAGGAUCCUGAAUGCCAGUGCUGUCCCAGAGGGCCAGUUCAUGGACAACAAGAAAGCUGCUGAGAAGCUUCUGGGCUCCAUUGAUGUGGACCAUGAGGAUUACAAAUUCGGGCACACUAAGGUCUUCUUCAAAGCUGGCCUCCUGGGAGUUUUGGAGGAGAUGAGGGAUGAGCGUUUGGCUCAGGUGGUGACCUCUACCCAGGCUGUGUGCCGCGGGUACCUCAUCAGGGCAGAGUACUGCAAGAUGAUAGAGAGAAGGGAUGCCCUCUUCACCAUCCAGUACAACAUCCGCUCCUUCAUGAACGUGAAGAACUGGCCGUGGAUGAGGCUCUUCUUCAAGAUUAAGCCCCUCCUGAAGAGCGCAGAGUCUGAGAAGGAGAUGGCCCAGAUGAAGGAGGACUUCACCAAGUGCAAAGAAGACUACGUCAAAUCUGAACUGCGAAGAAAAGAGCUCGAGGAAAGAAUGGUUUCCAUUAUGCAAGAAAAAAACGACCUCCUCCUUCAAGUUCAGGCAGAAUCAGACAACCUGAUUGACGCUGAGGAACGAUGCGAGGGCCUGAUCAAAAGCAAAAUCCUGCUCGAAGAAAAACUGAAGGAGAAGGCCGAGAGGUUGGAGGAUGAGGAGGAGAUCAAUGCUGAGCUGAGCGCGAAGAAGAGGAAGCUGGAGGACGAGUGCGGUGAGCUGAAGAAGGACAUCGACGACCUGGAGCUCACGCUGGCCAAAGUGGAGAAGGAGAAACACGCCACCGAAAACAAGGUGAAAAACCUGAUAGAGGAAAUAACAGGCCAAGAUGAGAACAUCUCAAAGCUCACCAAGGAGAAGAAAGCCCUCCAGGAGGCACAUCAGCAGACCCUUGAAGACCUCCAGGCAGAAGAAGACAAAGUCAACUGCCUGACCAAAGCCACGGCUAAGCUUGAACAGCAAGUUGAUGAUCUGGAAGGUUCUCUGGAACAAGCAAAGAAGCUCCGAAUGGAUCUGGAGAGAUCCAAGAGAAAGCUUGAGGGUGAUCUGAAGCUCGUCCAGGAGUGCUUAAUGGAUCUGGAGAAUGACAAGCAGCAGCUUGAAGAAAAAUUGAAGAAAAAAGACUUUGAAGUGACUGAGUUGCAGAGUAAGAUUGAGGAUGAACAGGCUGCCGGGGCUCAAUUUCAGAAGAUGAUAAAAGAGCUUCAGGCCCGCAUUGAGGAGCUGGAGGAGGAGAUCGAGGCCGAGCGUGCUGCUCGGGCCAAGGUGGAGAAGCAGAGAGCCGAGCUCUCCAGGGAACUUGAGGAGAUCAGCGAGAGGCUCGAAGAGGCCGGCGGCGCGACCGCCGCUCAGGUCGAGAUGAACAAGAAGCGCGAGACGGAGUUCCAGAAGCUGCGCCGGGACCUGGAGGAGUCCACCCUGCAGCACGAGGCCACCGCCGCCGCCCUGCGCAGGAAGCAGGCCGACAGCGUGGCAGAGCUGGGAGAGCAAAUCGACAACCUUCAGCGCGUCAAGCAGAAGCUGGAGAAGGAGAAGAGUGAGCUGAGGCUGGAGGUGGAUGAUCUUUCGGGCACCAUGGAGGCCCUGGCGAAGGCAAAAAUGAACUUUGAGAAAAUGUGCCAUUCCCUAGAGGACCGUUUGAACGAAGCCAAGACCAAAGAAGAAGAGCAUCAGCGAUUAAUCAACGGCCUCACAAGUCAAAAGGCUCGACUCCAGACAGAAAAUGGUGAAAUGUCACACCAACUGGAAGAAAAGGAUUCCCUUGUCUCUCAACUGACUAGAGGGAAACAAGGAUAUAUUCAACAAAUUGAAGAGCUUAAGAGGCAGAAUGAAGAGGAAAUUAAGGCCAAGAAUGCCCUGGCCCACGCCUUGCAGUCGGCCCGCCAUGACUGUGACCUGCUGAGGGAGCAGUUUGAGGAGGAGCAGGAGGCCAAGGCCGAGCUGCAGCGUGGAAUGUCCAAGGCCAACAGCGAGGUGGCUCAGUGGAGAACCAAAUACGAAACCGAUGCUAUCCAGCGCACCGAGGAGCUGGAGGAGGCCAAGAAAAAGUUGGCUCAGCGUCUUCAGGAUGCUGAGGAAGCAGCUGAGGCUAUCAACUCAAAAUGCUCUUCUCUGGAGAAGACCAAGCAGAGAAUGCAGAGUGAGGUGGAAGACCUAAUGCUGGAUGUGGAGAGAGCCAACGGAGCUGCUGCAACAUUAGACAAGAAACAGAAGAGCUUUGACAAGGUCCUGGCAGAGUGGAAGCAGAAAUUCGAGGAGAGCCAGGCCGAGCUCGAGGCAGCCAUGAAAGAGGUCCGCUCCGUGGGCACCGAGAACUUCAAGAUGAAGAAUGCUUAUGAGGAAUCUCUGGAACAUCUCGAAAUGCUGAAACGUGAAAAUAAAAUCCUGCAACAGGAGAUUGUGGAUCUCACAGAGCAGCUUGGAGAGACAGGAAAAUCCAUGCAUGAGCUGGAAAAGUCAAAGAAACAGAUGGAGCAAGAGAAAAUGGAGAUUCAGACUACAUUAGAUGAGGCAGAGGCAUCCCUGGAACAUGAAGAAUACAAGAUAAUUCGAGUCCAGCUGGAACUGAAUCAGGUGAAGUCUGAGGUGGAAAGGAAGAUCGCAGAGAAGGACGAGGAAAUCGAGCAGCUGAAGAGGAGCAGCCAGAGGAUCGUAGACUCCAUGCAGAGCUCCCUGGACUCUGAGGUCAGGAGCAGGAACGACGCCCUGAGAGUCAAGAAGAAGAUGGAGGGCGACCUCAACGAGAUGGAGGUUCAGCUCAGCCGUGCCAACCGCCAGUCUGCCGAGGCCCAGAGACAGCUGAGGAACAUUCAGACACAGCUAAAGGAAGCACAGCUGCAUCUUGACGAUGCCUUGAGGAACAACGAUGACAUGAAGGAGCAGGUCACCAUCUCAGAGCGCAGAAGCGUCUUCUUUCAGGCUGAGAUUGAAGAGAUCCGGGGUGCUCUGGAACAGACCGAGAGAAGUCAUAAAAUGGCGGAGCAAGAGCUUGUAGACGCCACUGAGAGAAUCCAGCUGCUGCACUCCCAGAACACAAGUUUGAUCAACAGUAAGAAGAAGCUGGAGAGUGACCUGACCCAGAUUCAGAACGAAGUGGAGGACUCCAUUCAGGGGGCCAGGAACGCUGAGGAGAAAGCCAAGAAGGCUAUCACUGAUGCAGCCAUGAUGGCUGAAGAGCUGAAGAAGGAGCAGGACACCAGCGCUCACCUGGAGAGGAUGAAGAAGAACCUGGAAGUCACGGUCAAAGACCUGCAGCACCGUCUGGACGAGGCCGAGAGUCUGGCCUUGAAGGGCGGGAAGAAGCAGCUCCAGAAACUGGAGACCAGGGUGCGUGAGCUGGAGAAUGAGCUGGAGGUUGAACGGAAACACGGCUCUGAUGCGGUCAAGGGGCUGCGGAAGUACGAGCGGAAGAUUAAGGAACAGACUUACCAGUCUGACGAGGAUAAAAAGACUAUAUUUAGACUGCAGGACCUGGUGGACAAACUGCAGAUAAAGGUCAAAGCAUACAAGCGACAAGCCGAGGAAUCUGAGGAGCAAGCCAACAGCCACCUGUCCAGGUACAGGAAGGUGCAGCACGAGCUGGAGGAGGCCCAGGAGCGUGCCGACAUCGCAGAGUCCCAGGUGAACAAGCUGAGGGCCAGGAGCCGCGACCUGAGCGCCAAGGUAGCCCAAUGUGCAGAUUUUCACACGUCGGGAAACAAACCCGAGAGCUUCCUGGUUUAG